AUGCUUGAUUAUUCUGAGGCACGUAUGGCCAAGGUUAUGUUCGACCGUAUUAGAGUGGUGUCUGGAGGCAUCAUGGUCGGUGCUGCCAUGCUCUUACCAGCUUUCCAGCACGAAGAGGCCUUUUACCGAUACCUCAUCUUGUGGCUUUUCGGGAUCUCUACACUCGUCCAUAAUGCUCUUAUUUGGGAGGCCGUCGUCAAUUACUUUUUCUUGGCCUUGGCUACGAUUGUUGCAGUUAUCUUCGUUACGACACCGCAUUCCAACGUCUCGGUAUCUUUCCUGCUCGGCCGUGUUCCCCUCCUAAUAGCGCUGAUGAGUUUAUUUGUUGAGGAUUGUUCAAGGCGCUUUAACCAAAAUAGUCGCUACAGGAAAAAAGCACAGGACCCAAAACUGAUACCUCCUGGCGCUGAAAGCGACGUGGAUGGACACUCGUUCUUCAUGCUUGGCCCUCAUGACGAGCUAUUUUCUCACAUGAAUGGCGGCGGGAUGCGACAAUAUAAUGCGUCGAGUCAGCACUCAUCAGAGAUAUCUCUAUCAAAUCUUGGGCCCGGACGAUUGCCGUCGUCGUGCGAUAGUAUGAUACGCGAUUUCUGGCGCGAGGACCUCAAUAUGUGUAAAAAGGAGGAAGGGCAAGGUGAAGAGAGCCCGGAGAGCCCGGAGAGCCCGGGUCUUAAUAAGGCUGUUUUAUUUUGGUGA